AUGCGACCGAGCUCAAACUCCGCCUUGUCGGGGAGCUGCACAGGGGGUUCUGCCGUGGGUGUGCUGUGCCCGCAGCCACCGGUUGUGUGUGCAGACGGCACGGGGAAGACGCGAACGUUUGUUAUACUGUUACUCGAGACCAUAAAUGUAGAACGGCUACUUUUGCUGUUGUUUAACCAAUGUUGCUGUGACUUUUUGCUGCUGUUGCUGCAGCUGCAGUUCUGA